GGCCAAAAGCGUUAUCUUUGGUGUGAGAUCAAAGGUACAACUGACCGGUCCUUUGGAACUGGGAGAAACCUGAAUAUUGCUCUGAUUCUUGAGCCCAGCUUCAGGGGCAGACGGAGGAUAACACUAGCAUUGCCCACCCCCAGCAGCCUCGGGGAUCCGCAGCCUCCAGCCGUUCACCUGGGCCUGGGUUGUUCCUUCCUCCCGGCACCUUGCGAUGGGAGCACAUUGGCAGCAGCUUUUCGCCCAAUUGCAGCGAACACGUGCGGCACCCUAGAGAGCAGGGAGCCUGCAGGGCUUUCCUCGGCAGCAGCGUCCCGGGGCACCCACUGGUCUCUCUCCCGUGAAUUGCUGCUCCUGGCACGUGGGAGGCCAUUUCCGCUGACGCAGCCAUUGUCACGUAGGCCGGAUUGUCCGUCUGCUCGGUGCCCGGACACACGCCAUCAGCAUGCAGCGGGGCUACGUGCCCUUCCUCUAUUUUGUGACUGUCCUGGGGCUGGAGGCUGCAAUGCAGAAGGAAUGCAGGAUUAUCGAGGCUCUCCAGAACAAGCUGACGUAUCGGCAGCGGCUCCAGUACAUGAAACACUAUUUCCCCAUCAACUACACUGUGAAUGUCCAGUUCGAAGAGGUUCUCAGGGCAUCCAACGUUACCAGGCUGCGGGAUCAGAACGUCAGCGAGCUGUCCCUGCGCUGCCUGUGGCUCAGUGUGAACUCCCAGGUGCUGCUGAAGAUCGGGGCUGUGCUGCUGGAGAAGCACCCGUCCUGGGAGUACAUCCAAGAUCUCUGCCUCCUCUUUGAGCAUCUGGCUGAGGAGUACGAGGACUGCAACCAGGGGAACAUGGACACCAAUGUUUGGGACGUGGUAGAGCAGGUUCUCACCGGUGACACAGGGAGCGGCCAGAAGGCCGUGCACCCCAAAGCCCUGCUGGAUAACUGCGUCAAGGUCAUGUGGAUGCUGUACAGCGAAUCGUGUAAAUAGUAUUCUGCCCAUGAUCGGGAAGGGAGUGUGGCCGUUUUCUCCCUCUCUCCAUGCCCUCUGCACUGCCUCGGCGUGUGGUCUCUGUUGUCACGCUGCCUGUCUGCUUGUGCUCCACAAUCCCAGCUUCCAUGUUGCGUUGUGCCUGCCACCUCCCCGGGGCCCAGAGGAAGCCAGCACCCUACAAAGCAUCUUCCAAGGUGCCCGGCAG